AUGGAGAAGCUUAGAAAAUUAAGGUGCUUUCAUGGCAAAGGAUUGCUGGAAAAAGCCAGGUUCUAUUUCACAAGAAAGACUCUACCAUCUUUAGAAGAAAGGAAAAAAUAUGAUUAUGAGUUUGCAACUUCCACUUCCUUCCAUGGGGUGCACAAUAUUGUUCAUACCAAGAGCAAGACACGCAAGUUCCUAUGGAUGGUAGUAGUCAUGGGCUCCAUUGUCUUAGUUGCCUGGCAGAUCUGUUGUCGUUUCAUCAAUUAUUUCAGCUGGCCCACCACCACCUCAGUUGUAGUUCAAUAUGUGGAGAAGAUUGAAUUUCCUGCUGUAACAUUCUGUAAUCUGAACAGGUUCCAAACUCAAGCAGUAGCUAACCUGGGCAUCGUUUUCUUCCUGUGGAGCAUAGUGUCAGGAGUUCUUCGUAUGCUUAAUGUUGAUGAUAAGUUUAGCCAAGAACUACAAGAUUUUAUUCAAGGGAAUCAAAAUUUCAGCAUCAAAGAAUUCACAAGAAAUAAUGGUUUUUAUCUCAACAACAGCACAUUGCUGAAUUGUGAAUUUUUUGGGAAGCAAUGCAAUUCAAAGGACUUUGAGCAUGUCUUUACUGAAUAUGGGAACUGCUUUACUUUUAAUCAUAUUAACCUUCCUACAAGAAGAAGGGUUAGCAUUUCUGGAAGAGGCCUGAGUUUGCUUUUUGAUGUCAAACAGGAUCAGUUCACUGAUGAUCCCAGUCUUGGUUUUGUUGAUGCUGGCAUAACCUUUGCUAUCCACUCACCUAAAGAACCUCCCCGAUUUGAUGGUUUAGGUGUAUCUACACCAGUGGGGAUGCAUGCCCACGCUGCAAUCCAACAGGUAAAAACAAUUAUCCAAGAAUACCCUUGGGGAGAAUGCAAUCCAAACAUCAAACUUCAGUAUCACCAAAUCUAUAGUACCUAUGGAUGUCUACAAGAAUGCAAGAGUCAUCUUAUACAAAAGCACUGUGGAUGUUUACCUUUUAUGCUACCAGGAAAUGGCACAGAAUGUGACUUGGAAAAAUUUUACAGCUGUGUUUCUCCUACAUUGUAUAAAAUAGAGUUCAUGGGAUUAUGUACAGGAGGAACACAUAAUUCAACAUGUCCAGUACCAUGUGAAGAAACAGAUUACCCAGUCACAAUCUCCUAUUCUACAUUUGCAAGUGCAAAAGCCCUGAAAUUUCUAUCUGCAAAGCUGAAGAAGAAACCAGAAUAUAUCAGGUAUUUUUCUUUUUAUCAUAUACAGUAGUCAAACCAUGGACAGAUUUCAAGUU